GUUGAAGAGAUCAGACAGCUCCACAAAAGAAGUGUCAGUUGUGGUAAGCCUGAGGAGUAGCCAGAAUCGGAAUUCAUUGGUGCAGUUCAUUGAGCGAAAUCCUUUUUUUUGUAUUUUGGGAGUGACCAGUCAUUUUUUUCUCCACUUUACAAAGAUGUCACGCUGUCUUAAAGGAGGAGUGGUGAUCAGCCAUCAAAUCCUGGAGGGGAAACACCAUUAUGAAGUCCAAGAUGUUCUCCAUUGCAACGUUGCCCAUUCCCUUUUCAGGAGAGGGGACCACUUGCUGCACUUAAAUGAGGAAAGUGUGUUUGACAUUCCACCCGAGACUGUAGCUGAGCUACUCAGAGAGAACUCCACAUUGCUGACUCUUCAUCGUCCCGAGCCUAGCACAGAAUGCCAUGCCCCAGAGGAGCCCAGCGAAGUUGUCUAUUGGCCAUACGACAAGCAAAAGGUGAAGCUGCAGUUCAGCUUGCAGUUGGUGCAGAUACCUCCAGACUCUGAGGGCCCGGAGAGGCCAGCCACAUCUGACUGUGAUGACACAGCAUGGCCAGAGGGAAUCGGGAGAAAGGACAGGGGACACGCAGGCCCGGAAACAUUCAGCACACCUCCAAGCAGCCGCGCCUCUGCGAAUGCUGGAGAGGGAAAUGGAGGGGCUACAUGUGGCAGAACGAAGGCAUGUGCAUUGUUGGUGGCACUGAAUUGUGUUUCAGUCUCAACUCUGCGAGGACGAGGCCCUCACUGCUCAUCAGGAAUUGUAUGCGCUGUGUGCAAAAAGAAGGAUUGUGAUGUACACACCAUUAAUGUGAAUUCAGACACCAAAUCAGAGCUGUAUUGUCUGGAAGAACGGGUGCCUCCCAGUGAUUGCUGUGGGAUAAUAAUGAAAGUCAUGAAUAGUGAAUGCCCAUUUUUAAUUCACAAUGAGCGUGAUCAAUACUUACGGCCUGGCAAUUGCUACCAAAGGAUCAUUCUGAGUCAUCAGGAUCCCGAGUCUGCUCAUGUGACGAUCUUUUAUUACAAAUCCAACAAGAUUCUAAAACCAUAUUGUGGAAUGCCUGUGGUGCUCAAUUUUUCCAAAACAAAUUAUUUCCUUGUGUGCCACAGUGAAGGGAACAACGUCCUACUCAGGAUAGAGGAAAGUACCUCAGAAUCGCUGAAGAAGAUCACCGAGUAUAGUCCAAAUUGGCGGUUCAUCUUCUACAUGAAGGAGCGGCAAGAUGGGACACUCAGCUUUGAGUCAGCUCAGCAUCGAGGAUGGUUCAUCAAUAACCAAUGGAGCAAACAGGUCGUUGGAAUGAAAAGAACAAUGGCGGAAACGUUAAAUGCAGAUUUUAUCUUUAUAUUGGUAAAACUCUGAGUUUUGUCCUUGCAAGAUUCAGAUGAGAAUGCAACACAGCAAUGUGAGUUAUGUUAUUUAUGUUCUUUUGUUGUACUCACACCCCUCCACAGAGUUUUUUAUAAAUGAUUAUUUUUCAACGUACAUUCCAGUUCAGUUUCCUGCAAUGUAUUGGUCCACUCCAUGUUUCUUAACAGACUCUAAUUGCCCGAGGUCAGAGAGAGACAGGAACCAGAGCGAGGAGACAGUGCUACUAAAUGUAAACUCUAAUGUAAGUUCCUUCUUCUCAGGCAGUCCCUCGGGAUCGAGGAUGACUUGCUUCCACUCCAGUUCCAUGGGUUCUAAGAUAAGUCCAAUGCGCAAUCUGCAGAUUCUACCACAUGUGGGGACAGGUGGUGCUUGAAGGGUUGGGUAGACGGGUUGUUUGGAGGUUUACUGAGCUCUCCAGGACACCUCGGCUCUGCUUCUGCGCAUUCCCAAUGAAGCCUCUCAAUGUGCUUGGUGCCUUCCUGAAAGAACCUUUCCAUUUUGGUCGGUCACAAGCCAGCGUCUCCCGUGAGUCAGUGAGUAGGUUUGACCUUCUCAGGGAUACUUUCAGAAUAUCCCUGAAGUGUUUCUGCUGUCUCCUGGGAGCCUCCUGCCAUGACCAAGUGCUGAGUAGAGCAAAUGUUUUGAGAGUCUGGUGUCAGGCAUAUGAAUGACAUGUCCUGCCCAGUGGAGCUGGUUUUAAGUGAUUAGCACCUCGAUGCUGGGCAUGUUGGCUUGGGAAAGGAUGCUGCUGUUGGACCGAACUUUCUUGCCACUGGGUUUGGAGGAUCUUGCUAAGGCACUGCUCCAGUAACCAACAGCACUAGUUACCUUAAACCGUAAUGUGACCGGGAGAUCCUCAUUAACACCAGUGUCACCAGGGAAUCCUCAUUAAUACCAGCUUCACAAGGGGACCCUCGUUAGAGACAUCACUGCGAGAUCCUUGUCAACACCAGUGUCACUGGGGGAUUCUGAUGAACACCAGGGUCACAUUAAUGGUUACAAAACUCUCUGGUCCUGAAAACAUUUUUUUACUGAUUUGAGUGACAAAAAUAUUUAUCAUGCUAUUGAGUUUGGAAUUAAAAUCUUGACCUUUGUCAAA